AUGCGGAAUGUUUCGUGCCGCUUGAGGAGCUCAACCUGCGGGUGGUCGGCUUUCCAUGAGUGGAUCGGCCCCUGGCCAAGGGGCAGCCAUUUGUUCGCCGCCGUGCGCGAUUCGACGCCGAGGUCGCCCGCAGCAGGGGCACUGAUUAACAUGACCCCUCAGGCACGGAUCCCGAGGUCGACGCGGUCUGGGCAGCUGAGCGGGGAAGUCUUUUGCGAGACGUCGAUGCUCUACGGGAUCCGCGUGGACUACGUCGUGUUUCUCGGCCUGCCGCUGCUGAUACUUCCAGAGCACUGGCCUUGCCUCAUUGUUCCGCAAUCUCGGCGAGACCACGGCUGCAGCGGCGAGAGCAGCGCCGAUGCCUGCUCCACCUGCCGCCCCGCUUGUUGA